AUGGCAUCAGAACAGGGACUGGCUCGACUAUGGAAAACCAAGCUGGUUCACCAAGUUCUCACGAGCCAUCUGGCAAACAAGGACCAUGUAACAUACCGUCUAGUAUGUCGCAAACUCGCGGUCUAUAUCGCACCAAUCCCGUUCACAGACCUUAAAGUCCGUUUUCGCAGCAGCACCCUAGACCCUUAG